GCUGUGGAAUCGAACACGCGUCACUUACCGCCAGUAAAUGGUUAGCCAACCACUCGAGCCACCCCGCAGUAUUAAAAAUUUCAGCGCGAUAAAGCUUGAGAACAAAACGCUGCAGCCACGUAGAUUUUUGGAUUAUUUAAAAACAUUUAGAAAAACAUGAUUUCUUUUGAACAACAAUGUGAAAUAUUUUUGAAAGUUCACAGGUUUUAUAAAGAAUCACGAAUAAAACAAGUUCAUGGAUUAAAAAAAGUUCAACGAUUUCGAAAAAAAGUUCGUCGGUUUUGAAAAAAAGUUCACGAACGUAAAAAAAAGUUCAUCAAAUUUGAAAAAAAUUCACCGACUUAAAGAAAAGUUCAUCGAAUUUUUUAAAAGUUCACCGACCUAAAAAAUGUUCAUCAAAUAUGAAAAAAAGUUCACCAGAUUGAAAAAAUAUUCAUCAAUUUUUUUAAAAAGAAUUUCACGGAUUUUAGUAAAAGUUCAUCCUAUUAUAAAAAAAGUGCAUCAAAGUUGAAAAAAGUUCAUCCAUUUAAAAAACUGUUCAUCCGAUUAGAAAAAGUUCAUAGAAUUUGAAAAAUGUUCAUAAUAUUCCGUGAACUUUUUUGCAUUGAAUUAGAAAAAGGAAAAAAAGAAAAGGAAAAAAGGGAUAACAGAAGAAGAAGCAGUACAUUAUCACAGCAGGUGGAGUGGUUGGCGUGGUUGGCAUGUCUUGCACCGAAGCUCGAAGGCGCGGGUUCGAAUCCAACAUAGCACCAUUUUUUGCAGACUUUUACAAAAGGAAAAAAAAUGAGAAAUGGGCUGGCCCAUGGCGGAGCGGGGGGUGUGCGCCCUGUACCGUUAAAGCUGUAGCGGGCGCUUAGAGCGCCGCUUAGGAUUUGCCUCCUCUUCCUUGGCCACCUCUUCCUUUUUCGGUCACAUCCUCUUACUCCAUGUCUUGGGCCAUCUCCGGAUGAUGCCAAAUGGAGUCAGAGGCGUAGUUGAGCUCAUUAAGUCCAAUCGUGGCCAAGGACUCCAAAGACACUAAGAAAACACCCCCCACCAUCAAAAGGAAAACCGCUACAACAACAAAACAAGGAAACUACAUCACCAUCGGCUACCAACAAUUAUGAUCGGCCGAAAUGUUGAAGUUCUUUUUACCUUGUAGGCAUUUCAUCAAGCACUUGGCGGCCACGACACUUGUUGCAGGCUGUGGCCGUCGCCUGUGCCGAACCAGUGAUUGUAGGUCCCGCCGAAGCAACUGCACGAGGCGCUGGCCUUGGACGAGGCGUCAUUGUGGCCUUCUUCAUCUUCUUCACGGCCACCUCAACGAGGGCCGCCGGCAUCGCCGUUGUUUUUUUGCUCGUUUGGCUCCGGCAGGAGCGUCGGGAGGGCGGCGGGCCAUUGCCAGAGAGGCGGACGCCAACCUGGCCAUUUUGCCACUGUUGGAGGAGGAGCUUGAACCCGGUGUUUUUUUUUCAUCCCCAAACUUUUCUUCGGCGCGGGUGGCGGUGAGUGGGUGGUUUCUGGUGGCAACAAGCCGGCGCCAGUGGCCGGUGAAGCAAGGAAAGGGUCCAUGCUAUCCAUUUCGUCCGGAGGGAGGGUCAUCGGUGGCGGCGGUGGGGCAUGGUGGUUGCGGCGGCGGGAGACAAGGCACGCGAGAGUGGGAGAAAGAUAGGCCGCCACUUUUACUCGGGCGCAGCGGGAGUGAGCAUAUUUAGGAUUGGGGGAUUUUUGGUGCUGGAGGAUAAAUUUUACUCCACUAUUCGGUUUAAGGGAUCGGUUCGGUGCGCCGUAAGGGAGGAAAACUGAAACUAUCCUCCCUUACGGCCCAAAUGGGGAUCGGUUAGAAAUGCCCUAAUAUCUUUAACGGGGUUAGGACGACAAAUGUGCAACUGCAUGAGGUCACAUUUUACACUGGCAGAGCUUCUAGAAACAAUGAAAAAGAAGAGCAAUGCAUAUCAAAUUUGAACUCACACAUUCAGUCAGCUCAUCUCAAACCAAACGAUAUGACAUGUCAGGGCAGGGAGAGAAGGCACAUGUUUUUGGUCGACGAGAGCUCCGAAUAGAUCAAACCCAGCUCCAGCCGCCUUAUGAUCUGCUCCAUGACUCAAACGAGCUGAGCGUGAUCGCAUGAACAUGGCUACUGGCUAGCGUCCCAGCCAGAACCACUCACCGAACAGAUAUAGCUAGGCACCUCGAUUUUGACAAGGCAAGCAUCUGUACACAUUGUCGAUUGCUAUUUGUGUCAAUAACAUGGUGCUAAACUGCCACUUAAUCAACAGGAUCAGGACCACCGAAUCAGGGUCAGGACCACUGUAUCACGAUCCAGAUCAGGAUCACCAGUUUAACUCGAUGAAUUUCGCCGAUCCAGAAUUUAAAAAUUGCUUAAGCCCAGCAGCAGGCAACAACCUCUGGCCCCGUUUCGAGUUGCCUUGUAUCAUUACCAUGGGCAUCUCCAAUAUCUGCGCGUAGAUUAGUACCCUAUAUUAUUAUUUAUAUAUCCACCGAAAAUUGAAUAAUUGUACGUCUCAGAGAUCAUUGGAAAUGGGCAUUUCCCAGACACGGCCUAGAAAUAGCAACAGCAAUCCACUAUUAUUGUACUGCCCAAAAUCUCCUGUCUGAAAACAAUAGAGAUAUUACACGAGAGUCGGUACUUAACAAUGGAAGCAUAUGCAUAUGUGUGUCCUUUUGCUCUCUGCUCAAGACCUCGAGUGCUUAUCUGCAGCCCCGGACUGAACCGGCUCGCAUCACCGUCGACCUCGACCUACUAUGCGGACUAACAUAUAUUACAAGUACGCGCGCAUCAGCUGCCAAUAGCAUCGGCUGGAUGGAAAAAUCAGUUCCUUCUUGGAGCCUUGUGUGGCGCUUUUCCUUUUCCGCUUUGGUGACGACGGGCGUGAGUGCUGCCUCCCGCCUGCUACGGCUGACUAGACAUCUCGACCUGAUCUACUUGCCUUAUUUAAGCACUUCUAAUCCGCAUUAUUGCCUGAUAAGUAGUAGAGUAUUGCUGUUGCUUCGUCCCGUCAGCAACUGCAGUUCCAAGCCCAUGCAAAAAGCGACUGGCAGCAUCUCGACGCAUGCACCUUUCUUGCUACUACUUUUAAGUCCGAUCCUAUGAGGUACCAAGGGCCGUUGUGAAUGUCAAAAUGUGCGUGCCUUUCAGGCAUGCAUGUCGCUGUCAACGCCUCCGGUUCGAGUUUACUAAUCAAGCACGGCCAUUUUGAGCUAGCUUUGUCUUACGCUGAAGAUGAAAUGGUUGGCCUGCUGUUGGUUUCAGUGCUUGGGCAUGAAAGAUAGGGCACGAACCACACGCAGGGGGGCGGGGGGCACUAGAACUUGGACACGAAUAGACUAUUUGCCCAAUUGCCGCCACAGCUCGAUAAGCAUGCAUGGCAUAAAUGUGUUUCAAGGGGGUUUUAAUAUCUGGUUAACUAACUAAUACUCCAAAAAGAGCAUCAUCCCAACUUGUCUUCCUCUGGAUCCAGAUAGUUUAAGCGAGCCAGCAACCACGUCACCAGCACUUUUGCGCUUUUGCUCUCUUCCCCAUCCUCUGUGUAUAUAUCGAGCCCUAGCUUACUUGACCAGAUCACAUAGAGAGGCACGUCAGUGUGCAGACGGACAGAGGGCAACACUUAGUACGGGUAGAGAUGGCGAGGGUACACUCUUCGCCGUCGUUUUCUUCUUCUUCGUCGCCGGCGGGCGAGGGAAGGGGGAAGGUGUUCACGCUGUGGCUCAAGUCGCUGGUGCUCAACGGGCGGGGGUGCACCGUGUACGACUCCGACGGCCACAUCGUCUACCGCGUCGACAACUACGGCUCCAAGUGCAGCGACAACGUCUGCCUCAUGGACCUCCGCGGCAACAUCGUCGUCAACAUACACAAGAAGAAGCUGGCGUUUGGCAAGUGGGAAGGGUACAAGUGGACCGGCCGGAAGCAAGAGGCCAGCGCGUGGUUCAAGGUGGCGCGGCCGCGCAGCGGCAUCUUCCACCGGAGCGGCCGCCGCCCGUCGUCGUCGCCGUGCGAGUUCGAGAGCGACGCCGGCCGCGCCAUGCGGUACAUGAUCGACGACGACGGCGGGGCGCGCGCAGGGAAGCGAGCGUGCUGCAGGAUCGUGGACGCCGGCACCGGGCUGGUGGUGGCGGAGGUGAAGAGGAAGGUGACGGCGGGCGGGGUGGCGCUCGGGGAGGACGUGCUCGCCCUGGUGGUGGAGCCCGGCGUCGACGACUCGCUCAUCAUGGGGCUCGUGCUCGUCUACGGGCUCAUGAAUCGCACCAUGUGAAGCAAAACCAGAACAGAAUAGAGACUUGUAUAGUCUUUCUUCGUGUGAAUUACCGUGUAUGCAACUGCGAGUAGAACGACUUCGUAGUGUGACACAGAUGACAUGAUCUACAAGUGAUUUUGAUUCCAUGUAGUGCGACACGACAUCUCCAUCAACUUGCGAUGACUUUGUUAGUCUCAAGA